AGACUUUCACAGCAGAAUUUCACCUUUUCUGCAAAAUCAUCAAAUAUUCCAAAAGAAAGAAGUAAAUCUAACCUAUCAGGACACUGCAGAUUAUGUAUGCUUUGAGUACUCUGUGAUUUCUCAUCAUUGAGCUGAACUAACGAAAAGUUGAGCAACGGCAAGGUCUCAACAUGGCGUGUAAAGAAGGAGGGGAGCAUUCAUUGGAGCUAGUUGAUUCUAAUGGGACUAGCAUGCAGCUCUGUACAAAGUGUGGCAGAAUUAUGGAACACUCAACAUUUGCAGAAAAAAAUGCUACAGAACCGGGUACUAGUUAUGCUCCAUUGAGCCAGGGCCAAAAACCUGAUCUAAGUCGAAUGCUGCGUUGUCAUGUUUCACGUGGUGUUUCCAAACCGGCGGGAUUGGUGUACGGUUUGUCUAUCAUUAAGGACAUUGGAAAUCUACUAAAGCUAAGCAUAAUGCUGAUUGAGGAUGCUUGUAGGUUUUACACGGAGGUGUAUUACAAAGAUAGGUAUAACAAAUUGGAACUUAGAAAUAAGAAGAAACUCGCUGCCUGUUGUCUUUAUAUAAAAUGCAGACAAAAGCUUAUACCGCUAACAAUGAAACAGAUGUGCCACAUGAUCCAAGAAAUGCCGAAAGAAUUUGGACAUUAUUUCAAUGACAUUGUAGUACAUUUCCAUCUUACAGUUCCCCCAUUUGAAUUUGAACUGUUUGUUCCAUCCUUUUGUGCAAAAGCGCAGCUCAGUGAACGCAUAACCAAACGUGUUGAAGAUAUGGUUUCCUUCCUAGACAUGACGGGACAUAAAACAGGGUGUUCUUACCAAAAUAUUGUUGCAGCAUCAGCUUUCCUGGCUUGGCAGGCAGAUGAUGUGACAAAAAACGGUCGUGUUAUUCUGAAAAAGGACUCCAACGAUCCUGAUCUAAAAGUGCUGAAGGAAUUCGCAUCUCACGCUGUAAGGAAACAUGUGAAACUAGUGCUUGAAGACUUUAAAAAACUUGCUGCAGAACUCCCGUGGCUGCGGGCUAGAAAGAAGAAGCUUACAAACUACACUGUCCUUUUUCAUGUUGAUGAUGUCUUGAAGUACAGGCAAAGUUUAUUCUUAAAGCAUAUGGCAAAAUGUGAUGAAAUGGAGAAACAAUUUAGAUGGGAAAUAUCUGAUGAGACAAUUCCUGUAAAAUCUCGUGUGCUCAACAAAUCUAUUAAAAUUAGGAAGCCAGUGGCUGCAGCUGGGUCUCAAAACCAGGUGAAUAUUCAGUGGCUCGGAUCUGUGAUUGACUCUGACAGUGAGACUCAAGUUCCUCCAAGAAAAUCUGAAGUGGGUAGAACUCCUAGAAGUGUGAUGACUGAAGAUCUGAAUUGGAUUGGGUCAAUAUUGAAUUCAGAGGUUACAGCGGAGAAAUCUCGGGAUGAUGAUUCAAUGGAGAAUGAACCUUCAUGCAAAGGAAAUGAAAAAAAUUCCAGUGUAACUGACAUUAACAUUGACACUGCCAGUACAACUGACACAAAAUCUGACACUGACACUCUUGAUCAUGUUAUUUCAAACAGGCAUGCAUACACUGCGGCUGUUGCCACUAUUGACCACACAAGUGAAGGAGAUCUGUAUUUGCGGCUUCCUGCUUCUAACGAGUUUCAGACAGUUGAACUGGAAUGUGGGGAUCAUCCAAAAAAAGUUGAAAGUCAUCCCAAAAGAGUUGGAGUCUUUCGUAAUGUCAUUGAGAGUUGUGCAUCUCGGUGUGAUGGUAAUAAUCUUCCAAUUAGGGUUGCUGAUGCAGUAUGCAGUGCUGCUGCAGGGGACAAUAAUGAAACCACUGAAAUUAAGACAAAAAGAGAACAAGCUGCACUCCACUCUGCCAACUUGGACAGAGUGAAACGAAAGUACUCCAGAUGUAUUGGGCCAAGGUCUUUCAAAAGAGCGCGUAUUCUGGAAGCAGAGAAAGCUGCAAUCCAGGAUGAUCCGGUUGAGAAAGUUGUUGAUUUAGAAUCCAUUGAUAACUGUGAGAUAGAUGACAGUGAAAUAUCAGAUAGUGAAAUCGAUCAAUAUUUACGCUCGCCUCAAGAGAUCACAACCCUGAUGGCUUUGCAUAAGAAAGGUGCUAUUGUAUAUGAGAUUAUGGACAAUUGAUAGAAUUGGACUUUUGAGGAAAAGGGCAAAUAGGCAAUAAAAGGGUAAAAGGAAACCUGUUACUUCAAAGUCGCCUCUAAAUCGCUUCACUAAUCACACUAGGUUUUCUAAUUAUUAUUGAUGCUUAUUUUGUUUAGUGACAUUGGUCAUAGU